AUGAGGCACUCGGAACCAGAGUUACAGGAAGAGUUGGAGGUGCAGGUGAAGAAGCAGUUGGAGCUGGGAGUAAUCCGGUCGUCCAAGAGCGAGUGGGCCGCAGCACCGCACUUCGUAAAGAAGAAGACGGGAGAGUGGCGAUGUGUUCUGGACUAUCAGCGCUUGAACGAGUCAAUGGUUGCGGACUCCUAUCCGAUUCCGAGGAUCUGGAAUCACUUAAGGACUGCGGCGAGCCAUCGUAUUUGCUGGUUCUGGAAUGUACCCAUCGCUGAGGAGAGUAAGGAUCUUACUGCGUUCGUCACGGCGUUUGGGCUUUUUGAGUUUAAUGUGAUACCUUUCGGGAUCAAGAACUCACCGGCCGAGUUUCAGCGCGCUAUGGACGCGUCUUUCGAGGAGGUGCUGGACAGUAGCACGCUCUGUUACAUUGACGAUAUUGUCGUAGCGGUGGACGACGAAGCCGGGAUGCUAGAGAGGAUAGUAAAGAUGUUUUCCUGGGCGAUGAGCCGGGGUUAA